AUGACCUUGAACACCUAUAAUGAACAGAGCGCACAACAACACGAACUGAAUGGUGCCAGACGCGCAUGGAUAAGCCGGCUUGUUGAAAGACUGAUACCUGAUCGAUCGUGCUGCACUGCCUAUUUGGAAGUAUGUCACGCCAUUCUCAAGGAUUUCCGAAAACAUAUCAUCGACAGCGACGAGCACACUGGAUACACGUUGUUGUUGGUUUGGAUACACAAUGACAAUAGUUCCCGAUGGAUCCAGUAUGCACUUUCUGCAAAACAAGGGAUUGACCUGGUUCCGUUGGUGGUAUUGAUGCUGGAUAUCGGAAAGACAUGUAAAGCAUUAGUGGAAAGCGAUCGGGCACGUUACGAUAGUGUGUCACAAGAGGGAUGGACGUGGCUAGGUCGACAUUUAAACCAGAUAUGUACCUUGUGGCUGGGUACUCAUAUAGCCGUAGCACGUCGUUCUUUAGCACUUGCCGGAGCAAUACUACGUUAUCACAAGCAUCCGGAUGCGAUACAAACUACUUUGACGUCUCUAGUCACUUACAUUAGAGCGCUACAUCAACAUAUGACGCGGAUACAGCUAUACUCCUUGUUUGAACCUGAAAGGACGGAAUUCUUCUACAGUAAUAGUAGUGGUGAUAACAACGACAAUGAUGAAGAUGAACAAUUGACCGUGGACCGAGAAUGUCUAAAGCAAGCGACUCAGAUAUUCUUUACUGCCAUCGCAGCACUAGCUGAUGUGACGCCAAACAACAGUCCGAACUAUGAUACUUUGAAAGGCUGCUUACAAGAGCUCGUUGACUAUAUUACAUUCUUUUGCCAGGAAACCGAAGAUAUCUUAGAUAUCUUAUUUGAGCUUCAUGGCAACAAUGACGAAGAUGCAGUCAAUCUUCAACUCGAUAUCUUAAAUCUGUACGAAAAAUUAACAAGUCUUUCAUCAGCACAAGGAAACGCUCAAGGAUUACACAAUGAUAUUAAGCAUAUACUGGACACAGCUGGGAUCAGUCCAAAUCGACUGUUUUUAUUUUUCUGUCAACGCACGGGCAUGGAUCACAGCCUGCUCGUUGACUUGUUGCUUUCCAAUGAGACUGAAUUUCUCCUCUUUUUCGUGCAGUAUCUUAAAUACGUGGAACGUAACCCAGAGAUCUUUGUGUAUGCAUGUAAUGAUUUUGUUGCUGAGGAUCAUCCCAAAGAAGAGGUCACUGAUAUGCUAAGGGGCGUCAUGGCAGUCUUACAAUCAGGCGGAUUCCCUUACAAUCCCACUUAUUUAAUUAAUCGUUUGACGAAUGUAUUAAAACUUCUAGAAUAA